AUGACGUCUCUGCUCCUGCUGCUCGGGUGUCUCGCCGCCGUGCACGCCCCCCCACCUGAGCAGGUGAGAUGGUGCGUGAAGUCGGAGGAAGAAUAUCGGAAAUGUUUGGAUCUUGCAGCUGCAGCUCCCACCUUCACCUGUGUUACAAAAUAUAACACCCUGGAGUGCAUCGUUGCCAUCAAGGCUGAUGAAGCAGAUGCCAUCACUGUGGACGGCGGGGACAUUUACACUGCUGGACUAAGCAACUAUGACCUGCAGCCCAUCAUUGCUGAAGACUAUGGCUCCUCUUCAGAGACCUGCUACUAUGCUGUUGCUGUGGUGAAAAAGGGAGGUGGAUUUGGCAUCCGAGACCUCAGGGGGAAGAAAUCCUGCCACACUGGUUUGGGGAAAUCUGCAGGCUGGAACAUUCCCGUUGGCACUCUGGUGGCCAUGGACAUAAUUGAGUGGGCUGGCAUUGACGAUAAACCUGUGGAGGAGGCGGUGAGCAGCUUCUUCCAGGCCAGCUGUGUCCCGGGUGCAGCCAGAGGGUCCAAGCUGUGCCAGCUGUGCAAAGGAGACUGCUCCAGGUCCCACGCAGAGCCUUACUACGACUACUCCGGAGCCUUCCAGUGUCUGGCAGAAAAUGCUGGGGAUGUGGCUUUUGUGAAGCAUCUCACUGUACCUGAUGCCCAGAAGCCCCACUACGAGCUCCUGUGCAAGGACGGCACCAGAGCGCCUGUUGAUGGCUAUAAAACCUGCCACCUAGCUAAAGUGCCGGCUCAUGCUGUCAUCAGCCGCAAGGACCAACAGCUGGCCAGCUUAAUCUGGAAGAGUCUUAGCGACGUCCAGAACUUUGACCUCUUCUCCUCCGAAGCCUAUUCCCCUGCCAAGGAUCUGAUGUUCAAGGAUGCAACCCAGAGGCUGGUGCAGGUGCCUCCGCACACAGACUCCUUCCUGUAUCUGGGGGCUGAAUACAUGAGUAUAAUCCGGUCCAUUACGAAAGAGCGGGCCCCAAGAAACUCAACUAUUAGAUGGUGUGCUGUGGGCCAUGCUGAGACUCAAAAGUGUGCCGUGUGGAGCAUCAGCAGCGUGUCCAACACUGCAUCCAUUGAGUGCAGGAAUGCCUCCACUGUAGAGCGGUGCCUCCAAAAGAUUAUGCGUGAAGAGGCUGAUGCUGUGUCGGUGGAUGGAGGACAGGUGUACACUGCUGGGAAGUGUGGUCUGGUUCCUGCCAUGGUGGAGCAGUUAGAGUCAGUUAAAUCCACAUCUUCAGCAGAUGGCUCGUCCUCUUACUACGCUGUCGCUGUGGUGAAGAAGGGCUCGGGGGUGACCUGGGCCAACCUGAGGGGGAAGAAGUCUUGCCACACGGGGGUCGGUAGGACUGCUGGCUGGAACGUCCCCAUGGGUCUCAUCUACAACGAAACUCGUGACUGUAACUUCACUAAGUUCUUCAGUAGCGGCUGUGCCCCUGGAGCUGCUGCUGACUCCCCCCUCUGCAGAGCGUGUAAAGGCAGUGGUGGAGCCGUGGGCAACGAGGCCAAGUGCAAACCCAGCGCUGAAGAGCUUUACUACGGCUAUGCUGGUGCCUUUAGAUGCCUGGCUGAGGAUGCUGGUGACGUUGCCUUCAUUAAACACACAACCGUUCAGGAAAACAGUGAUGGUAGUGGUCCUGACUGGGCUCAGAGUCUGAGAUCUUCUGACUUCGAGCUGAUCUGCCCUGGUCAGGGCCCGGUGCCCAUCACCCACUUCACCUCUUGUCACUUGGCUAAAGUGCCUGCUCACGCCGUGGUGACUCGCCCAGAGACCCGCGCUCGGGUCGUCGCAACCCUCCAGGUCCAGCAGACCCUGUUUGGUACCGGUGGCAGUGACUCCUCAUUCAGGAUGUUCCAGUCAGAGAAUGGAAAGAACCUCCUCUUCAAGGACUCCACCAAGUGUCUCCAGGAGGUUCCAGCAGGAAAAACUUACGGGACCUUUUUGGGAGAAGAGUACAUGACUGCCAUGAGCUCACUCAGACACUGCAGUGAAAGUGUUUCAGAUCUGGAGAAAUCUUGCACUUUCCACUCCUGUCAGAGAAUCUAGAGGUGACUUGGAUGGUGCCUUGCUUCAGUUGGAUCUAAUUAUUUCAAAUGAUGAACCCAAAGUUCAUCCAGUCUAAACUCCAACUAUAGUGUAACAAACUACAGCUUUCAAAUCCAGUCAAG